UGCGGAAAUGUGUAAUUGGAUAUAAUCGUAUCAUAUGACUGAUCAGUGCUGGGCUUGUCUGACAGAGCAGUAGCAGAUAUGGCGAUAGGCUCAAAUUAUGGAGCUUUCAUGGAGAAAUUCGUUCUGCAACCACACUCUUCAUCACAUGACCUUCCUUUGAGUGGCCUCACUUUUGCUGUCAAAGACAUAUUUGAUGUGGCUGGAUAUGUGACUGGAUUUGGAAAUCCUGAUUGGGCAAGGACUCACCCAGCUUCCGAAUCGACAGCUCCAGCUGUUUCGGCAAUCUUGAGGGGAGGUGCCACAUGUAAUGGUAAAACUGUCAUGGAUGAAAUGGCAUACAGUAUAAAUGGAGAGAACAAGCAUUAUGGUACACCCAUAAAUCCAUGCGCACCGGAUAGGGUGCCUGGAGGAUCAUCUAGUGGCUCUGCUGUUGUAGUAGGUGGAGACCUUGCAGAUUUUUCCUUAGGAACUGACACUGGAGGAAGUGUUAGAGUUCCUGCCUCAUAUUGUGGAAUUUUUGGAUUUCGGCCAUCUCAUGGUGUCAUUUCUACUUCUGGAGUUAUUCCUAUGGCACAAAGUUUUGAUACUGUGGGAUGGUUUGCCAGGAAUCCUGCGAUUUUGAAUAGAGCUGGAAGAGUGUUACUGCAAUUGUCUGAUAUGAGUCCUGUCGGACCUACUCAGUUAAUCAUUGCGGAUGACUGUUUCCAGCUUUCAAGCAUUCCAAGCAAUCGAGUAAAACAAGUACUUGUUGACUCAGUUGAGAAGUUAUUUGGGGGUCAUGUUAUAAAGCAUGCUAACCUUGGGGACGUUGUCAAGGACAAAGUUCCAAGCUUGAACUGUUUCUUGGAUAAAGGAAAUGCAGGUCAAGAGUAUAAUAUUCCAUCCUUGGUAGCCCUAUCAAGUGCCAUGCGUCUACUUCAAAGGUAUGAGUUCAAGAACAACCAUGGUGAAUGGGUCAGUACAGUCAGACCUGAUUUAGGUCCUGGGAUAGCAGAACGUGUAUGGGAAGCUGUUCGAACAACAGAUGAAAAUGUCUAUGUAUGUCAAUCUGUGAAGACUGAAUUACGUGUUGCUCUUACUGACCUUCUUGGGGAUUUUGGUGUCCUCGCAAUUCCUACUGUUCCAGGGGCUCCACCAAAACUGCAAACAGAUCCUACUACACUGGAAACUUUCCGUGCCAGGGCUUUUAGCUUGCUAUCCAUUGCCGGAGUAUCUGGGUUCUGCCAGGUUAGCAUACCACUAGGCCUGCAUGAUGAACUACCUGUGUCAGUUUCCUUGUUGGCAAAACACGGCUCGGAUGGGUUCCUACUCAAUCUUGUUGAGACUCUUUAUGACACUCUCAAAGAACAGGUUGGAAACUUGGGGUUGCUGACAAGAUUAUGAGUUGCAAAUUCUGGUCUCUUCCUAACAUAUGAGUGUGAGUUCUGAUGCCUAAAAUAGACAGGAAUUUCCCUGCUUUCAUCCUUGUGUAUGGUUCAUGAACAAGUAGUUAUACUAGCAAACUCAUCUGAGCCUGACCAAUUGGCCCAGUUUCAAGCUGUUAAAGCUUUUAUAACAGCUUUUAUGGUCACAUUUCCAGAUACUAAUAAUAUCUUGUGAGAGCAUCCUAAA